GGCGACGGAGUGGGAUAACAUACCGCUUAUGUCGGCGGCGUUUCUAUUUGUGAAGGAUCCCUUCGCCCAAAAAGGCAACUUCUUCUCCUUCGAAAAACCUCGUUUAGGUUUUCUUGGCUGGCGUCUUUCUACCCCGUUUAGGGUUUUUAUCGAAUUGGACUUGGAUUUCGAUUUGAUCUAUCGAUCCACAGGGUGGUGAUUGCGGCGGAGGCUUGAAUCCUUGGAGGGAUUUCUUCGAUUCGAGGCUAAUGGCUCGGAAUCCAUCUUGCACGGUUUAUAUUGGUAAUUUGGAUGAAAAGAUCAGCGAGAGAGUAUUGUAUGAUAUUCUUAUUCAGGUAGGUCGUGUAAUAGACCUAUAUAUACCUCGGGAUAAGGAAACUAACCGUCACAAGGGCUAUGCUUUCGCGGAAUAUGAAACGGAGGAGAUUGCUGAGUAUGCUGUUAAGCUUUUUUCAGGGCUUGUUCGUCUAAAUAAUAAAACUCUUAAAUUUGCGAUUUCUGGCCAAGACAAGCCCUCUCAAAACACCAUCUCUCCAAUAACACCUAAACCAUUUUCUCCUCUACCAAAACCAUUGCCAAUGCAUUCUGUGCAUGCUCCAGACACAGAUGCGUCUCGAGCAAAUCCAGUAACAACAGCACAGGAAUUAAUUAACUACAGGGUCUCUGGUGGCACCCAUUCUAUUUCUCCUGCUUAUCCCCAAGCAUCUGCUGAAGGGUUAAUAAGUAGGGGGCUCUGCAAUGGCAAUUAUGAGUAUAGUAGGCGUGUUUUGGGGGCUAUGUUGAACAAUGUUAGUCACCCUGGUGCCAGACAUCCAGUCACCUACCCAUCUUAUUAGCAUAGAGCUCAACUCUGGAGCGUGGGGUAUGUAUUAUCAUUAACUUGGUGCUGCAAAAAGAAGUUCUAGUUGUAGAGCCCUUCAGGCUUUUCUUCCUUCUAUCUUCUUAGCAGAUUAAGCCUGUGUAGGGCAGAUCCAGCAGAAUUGCAGCCUGUUUUCUCAUAUUCAGCACCCUUACAUGCAGGCCUGAUCGUUCCUUAAAUAUCAGUUUCUAUGCUUUAUGUUUGUAAGUUGCUAAUUACCGGUCAGAUGUAGGACUGAGUAUCCUGAUCUGCAGCUGGACUCCUUUGCUUAAUUGGUCUGUGUGAUAAUUGUAUGUAGGGUAAUUUCUUAGUUUCUUGGGUUAUUCCUGAUCUCAUGUUUCCCGUUGUACCAAAUCUCCUUCCUGUAAUGUAAAGUAUUGUGACAUGGAAUGAUAUUCAGAAGUUGCAGUUGGGCUCCAUUGCUUUG